AUGCGCUGUCGCGUGAUCGUUUGUUUGUUUCUGUCAGGAUUUCGUCUUCAUUUCGUUCAUUAUGUCGCGAUUCGGGCGACACGGAGGCGAAACGAAGGUGUACGUGGGUAACCUGGGCACCGGGGCAGGGAAGGGUGAGCUGGAGCGGGCGUUCGGUUAUUACGGGCCGCUGAGGACGGUGUGGAUCGCUCGCAACCCGCCGGGAUUCGCCUUCGUGGAGUUUGAAGAUCCCAGAGACGCUGAGGACGCCGUCAGGGGCCUCGAUGCCAAGGUGAUCUGCGGCUCUCGCGUGCGCGUCGAACUCUCCACCGGAAUGCCACGGCGUUCCCGCUUUGACCGUCCACCGACCCGGCGUCCCUUCGACCCCAGCGACCGCUGCUACGAGUGCGGCGAGAAGGGCCACUACGCUUACGACUGCCACCGCUACGGCCGGCGGCGCUGGAGCAGGUCUCGCUCUCGCUCUCGGUCCAGAGGGAGGAGAUACGGGCGCUCUCGCAGCCGCAGCAGAGGGAGGAGAUCCAGAUCUUUCUCUCCUCGUCGUUCUCGCUCUGGUUCUCCCAGACGCUCCAGAUCUGUGACGCCCAAACGCUCCAGGUCCAGAUCCCGCUCUCGCUCGCGGUCCGGCUCGGCUCCCAGGAGCAGAUCUGGUUCAGCCAGGAGAUCCAAAUCCGGCUCUGCGGCUAGGAGCCGAUCUGCGUCUCGAAGCCCCGCAAGAAGUGAGAGUCCAGAGCGAGACGACUGACGCUCUUCUCAAGAACCUCAGUUUCUCAUCAGACGUUUACUGCAGUACAUACAAAGAUGUGCGUUUGAUUGUAAGGAAGCUCCAGUGAGGAGCGGAAAAUAUUUUGAGUUGAUUUUUCUGUAGCUGAAGAGAGUGCUUUUGUACCUGUUUUUUUGUGUAGCACACACACACACACACACACACACACUGGUUGGGGUUUUGUAUGUGUGUAUUAAAUGAAGUGAAAAAACACUUCCCGUCUGAGAGAUUUCUUCACGCUGUUCCAGCAGGUGGCGCUGUCAUUCAGUACUCUAGAGAGAGCUCUGGAGCUGUUAUACAGUCUGUGUGUCUUCCUGUCAUCUGCUCUGUUUCUCAAGUGUCCUUAGCAGCCUGUGAUAUCCCACAAUCCUGCGCGCACUCUUAUAUUAUUAUAUGUGUGGGUGUGAAUACAAACAGUGAUUUGAAAGUAAAUGAGUUCAUAAAUGUCUGCUGUAACUGUUCUAAUGUUUCAUUCUGACAGUGAAUCGAGGUUUAUGCCUAAAGCUCUCUUGUGUUUGUUCCGUCGAACCUCUUUGAGCUACAGUGUGUCCUUGACGUCCAUAUGA